UUGGUCUUGCGGCUGGUGCUGAGGGGGAUCAGAGGAGGAGUUGAGUGAAGCAGACGCGCGGUGUAGGCUAGUGUGGCCCCCUGAACGAGGAAUCCAUGCCAUCGCCGUUUAUCCAGCGGCCCGUUUAUUUCUCUCCGGAUACGGAACACUUCACCAAUCCGUAGAGAACAGACUCAGUCGGUUACACGCCGGGAUAACGCACACUGCAUGACCUUGCAUUGAAUGUCAUUAGACGUUUUUUUUUUAAAGCACCGACACGGUCGUUGGCCACAGCCAUGGAGAUUGUCACACAUUUCAUUAACGACACUAUAGAAUUCUACAAAUGGACGCUAACUAUUGCAGACAAGCGAGUGCAGAAAUGGCCUCUGAUGGACAAUCCCCUGCCUACGCUGGCUAUCAGCAUGUCCUACCUGCUAUUCCUCUGGCUGGGGCCCAAAUACAUGAAGAACAGAGAGCCCUUCCAGCUCCGCAAAACCCUCAUUGUCUACAACUUCAGCAUGGUUUUCCUCAACUUCUUCAUCUUUAAAGAGCUGUUCAUGGCAGCACGGUCAGCGAACUACAGUUACAUUUGUCAACAAGUGGACUAUUCAGAUGACCCCAAUGAAGUCAGGGUGGCAGGAGCUCUGUGGUGGUAUUUCAUCUCUAAGGGCAUCGAGUAUCUAGACACGGUGUUUUUCAUCCUGAGGAAAAAAUUCAACCAGGUUACUUUCUUGCAUGUCUACCACCACUGCACCAUGUUCACGCUCUGGUGGAUCGGCAUCAAAUGGGUGGCAGGAGGACAGUCAUUCUUUGAUGCACACAUGAACGCGGCAAUCCAUGUCUUGAUGUACCUGUAUUAUGGCCUGGCCUCCUGUGGACCUAAGAUCCAAAAGUACCUGUGGUGGAAGAAGUACUUGACCAUCAUCCAGAUGAUCCAGUUCCACAUCACCAUUGGCCACACGGCCUUGUCCCUCUAUGUCAACUGCGAUUUCCCCCACUGGAUGCACUACUCCCUCAUCUGCUACGCCCUCACUUUCAUCAUCCUCUUCGGCAACUUCUACUACCAGACCUACCGCCGCCAGCAGCCCAGACGCGACGCCUCCUCCAAAGCGGGCAAGGCCCUUUCUAACGGGACCCUCAACGGGCUCAGCAAGGCCGCCAACGGAGCAGCGCUGACGGGGAGCAAAGAGGAGAAGCCCCAGGAGAACUCUGGGAGGAGGAAGAGGAAAGGAAGAGCUAAGCGAGAUUAGAGGAAGAGGAGCGAGUGAGGUAGAGGUGAGGUAGGGCCUUGCUUUGGGUUUCUAGGUUGACAGCGCUAAAAACAUGAAAGACUUCAUUAGAGUAUGAUUUAGAUGGAUGGAUGCGUUAAGGCGAGACGUGUUUAUUUAAGCCAUGAUCUGAGUUGUUGUAGAUAAAAUAUGAGACAGGCUUGUGUUGAGAGAGGAUCAUUCCGUUAGAAAGAGGUGUCAAAGGCCACGCUCAAGGCAGCCGUUCUCACAAAUAACCCAAAAUACAGUAGUGUACGGUACGGGACGGGAUAGAUCUUAGUAUUCCCUCUCUUUAUUGUGGUGCCAAGUACUGUAGACCUUGUUCAAAAAGUGACUUACAGCUACUAAAAUCUGAGCCUGGAAAGGGAACAAAGAGUCGACCAGGCCCUUUUGGCAUGCUGGGAAAGCUACUUUAAUAAGCCUGAGCUGCUUGAAAAACAUGAUACACCAUUCUUAUUGUUACUGCUGUACUGAGACAGGAAUACACUUCAUAACACGCGACCAACCAUUUAUUUAUAUUUGAGCUUUUAUUUUUUGUUCUUCACCUUUCCAGAUAUAACUGAUGAUGAUGUAUAGUACCAUGUCAUUUUUGUUGUCUCAUCUUAUUCAACUUGUCGUUGAUGUUCCGUGAGAGAGACUUGCGUUUACAGCUCUUGUUUACUCAAUGGACACGUCUGCAGUUGUCCACUUAUUUGUGAACAUGGACUUGUCUUAUUUAUUCUUAUUUAUUUCAAGUUUUGGACUCAGCUGCCACUCACAUUUGAGCUGUCACCCAUUUAGCGUACAGUUACAUUCUGAAGAAAGAAAAGGAAUUAAUAUUGACAGGUAAGAUGUACAUUGAAAUAGAAAUUAUGGAUCUAAUCCUUUGAGACUUGGAUGAGAUUGUUCCAUCACUGGUUUAUGAUGGAACAAUCGCCAACUGUAUCUCAUAGAUGGUUAAACAUGUUCUAUUUCUGUAUACAUCAACAGAAGGUUUUAUAUAUCCCCUACUUGUAUGUAAUGCGAUGAAAUGUAAUGAAUAUUAUCCAGAUAAAUGACGGAUCUGAUGAUUAUCUCGAUGUUUCCCGUUUUGACGGAAAAGCCGGUGGAGUGAGUUUUGUCGCUGCAGAUGUUUACCUGUCUUUUUUAUAUUAUAUCUGAAGUUGUUGUUUGUCCUACAUGCUGGUGAAAAUGUGCGCUGAACAAAGAAAGGAUGGUGGAGAAUUCAGAACUAGGUAACAGCCAGCUAGGCCUACCUUAAGCACCGUUUUCUUCCCAUGUUCAGAUAUCUUUUGUGUCAGUGUUUUCAGGCUUAAUCUGAACUGGCUUGAAUGUAAAUUUAUAAACGGAAAGAUUUGGAUUUGAGAAGAUAAACAUAAUGAAUUAUAUACCGAAAGAGCUGGUGGACCUCUAUAGUGACUUUGUAUGUUAUACUAUGAUGAAUAACUUUGCUCCGGCUGUAGUAUAUAGAGUUUAAUUCAGUCGCCGGCUCUAUGUCAGCAAGUCAGCUUUAUAUCAUCCAUUAACCAAUGCAUUUUGAUGUUAUUUAUUGUUUUCUUCUUUCUUUUUCUUUUUUAUGUAAAUACAAAAGUGCUUGUCUGUGUAUUUGUGUUCUUUUUGUGUUGUACAUAUUACAUUGUGAUAUUUUGUACACUGCACAUUUGGUAAUGUUCCCAGCUUGUUAGCUUGGAAAAAACACAUCCGUUGCUUCAGUGUUUUUUUGUUUGUUUGUUUUUUUAAGUAUCAUAACUUUGAACUCUCUUCCAAUUCAAUUAAACUGAAUGCCUGUACAAAU